AUGGGUAACUGGGUGGAGAAUGAAGGACUGUCCAUCUUUGUUGUUCUUGUGUGGCUGGGGUUAAAUGUCUUCCUCUUUUGGUGGUUCUAUCUUGCGUAUGAUCUCCCACCAAAAUUCUUCUACACCAGAGAACUCCUUGGCCAUGCCUUGGCUCUGGCAAGGGCUCCUGCAGCUUGUCUGAAUUUCAACUGCAUGCUGAUUCUGCUGCCAGUAUGUCGAAACUUGCUCUCCUUCCUCAGAGGAUCAAGUGCGUGUUGCUCUACCCGUGUCAGACGACAGCUGGACAGGAACCUCACCUUUCACAAAAUGGUGGCGUGGAUGAUCGCCCUUCAUACUGCAAUUCACACCAUUGCACACUUAUUCAAUGUAGAGUGGAGCGUGCAAGCACGUGUUGAAGAGAAAGAAACUCUGACAACUGUGCUCUCGAAACUUGGUGAUAAUCCAGGAGAAAGCUAUGUCAAUUUUUUUAGGCAAACUAUUCCGAAUCCCAUGGGGGGCUUAUAUGUGGCUUUCACAUACUUGGCUGGUCUCACUGGUGUUAUCAUCACUCUGGCCCUCAUACUAAUCAUCACGUCGUCCACCAAAACCAUCAGAAGGUCGUAUUUUGAAGUAUUUUGGUACACACAUCAUCUGUUUGUCAUCUUCUUUAUUGGCCUUGUCAUCCAUGGUGCUGGGCGUAUUGUACGUGGACAGACUGCUGAGAGUCUGGCUGAACAUAAUCCAGAGAUUUGCUAUAAGAACUUCAGUGACUGGGGGAGAAAAGGAGCUUGCCCAAUCCCCCAGUUUUCAGGGAAUCCUCCUAUGACAUGGAAGUGGGUAGUAGGUCCCAUGUUUUUGUACCUCUGUGAGAGGUUGGUGCGGUUUUGGAGGUCACAGCAGAAGGUUGUUAUCACAAAGGUGGUGAUUCAUCCUUUCAAGACGAUUGAGCUCCAGAUGAUGAAGAAGGGUUUCAAGAUGGAGGUCGGACAAUACAUUUUUGUCAAAUGUCCAGCAGUGUCUAAACUGGAAUGGCAUCCAUUCACUCUAACCUCUGCCCCAGAAGAGGAUUACUUCAGUAUUCAUGUCCGUAUUGUGGGGGACUGGACAGAGGGCUUGUUCAAUGCCUGCGGAUGUGACAAGCAAGAAUUCCAGGAGGCCUGGAAGUUGCCCAAGAUAGCUGUGGACGGCCCCUUUGGAACCGCCAGUGAGGACGUAUUCAGUUAUGAAACUGUUAUGCUUGUUGGAGCUGGGAUAGGGGUCACACCAUUUGCAUCUGUGCUCAAGUCUGUCUGGUACAAAUACUGCCACGAUGCGACCAACCUAAAACUUAAGAAGAUCUAUUUUUACUGGCUUUGCAGGGACACUCAUGCCUUUGAAUGGUUUGCUGACCUCUUGCAGUCUCUGGAGACUCAAAUGCAGGAGAGAAAUAACGCGGAGUUUCUCAGCUAUAACAUCUACCUUACAGGCUGGGAUGAAUCUCAGGCCACUCAUUUUGUAGUGCAUCAUGAAGAAGAGAAGGAUGUGAUUACAGGCCUUAAACAGAAAACCUUGUAUGGAAGACCUAACUGGGAAAACGAGUUCAAAACCAUUGCAAGGCAGAAUCCAGGUUCCAGAAUAGGUGUUUUUCUAUGUGGACCUGAGGGCCUAGCUGACACGCUCAACAAGCAGAGCAUCAGUAACUCGGAAGCUGACCCACGAGGAGUACACUUCAUCUUUAACAAGGAAAAUUUCUAA